AUGCGUUCUGCGGCCGGUCGCCUACUCAAGGACACCUAUCCUUGGGACGACCUUCUGCGCAAGAGCACUCACCGCGAAUAUUACGACAAGCAUGAAGGCAGCUUUGCUGGUGCACCGCCGCGCGUCAUAGAAGGACACCUGGAGCAUUGCGUCGAGACACUCCGGCAAACGCUCAUGUGCCAUGGGGACAUCUCGUUGUUGACCUACAAUUGGGUCGAGGGUCGCGAUAUGCCUUAUCCAAAUUUCAACACCAUCCAUACGUGUAAGAAGUGGGACACGCUAACACGAUGGAAUAUGGGUCGUGACGUGACUGUUGAAUGGAGGGAGGGCGAGGUGGUGAAGGAGUACCGGCCGCCGACGAAGCCGAAGGGCGUGACCGGGAUGAAGGUUCCACCUUGA